UUCGUAUCGAAUCAGCUUGGAGAGGCAAGAAGAAACUCCUCGGCGUCCAAUCAUGGCAGCGAUAUACUUCCCCGCACGACAACAUAUUUCCCGGAUCAUGAAUGCUGUGGCCUCUUGACGUUUUACGGCUGAGAAAAGAAUUCAAGAUGGGUCGACUAAAUGGAAAAGUUGCAAUCGUGACAGGCGGUGGUUCAGGGUUCGGAGAAGCGAUAGCGAAGGCUUUUGCGAACGAAGGCGCCCAUGUGCUCAUCGCCGACAUCGCAGUUGAAAACGGAAGGCGAGUCGAGGCCGAAAUCGAACAGACGAGUUCAGAAGGCCAAGGAAGAGCAGUGUUUAUCGAGUUCGACUGCGUCAGCCAGCAAUCAUGGAAAGAAGCACUUGAGUUCGCCAAAGAAAAAUUUGGAAAGCUGGACAUCGUGGUGAAUAAUGCCGGUACCACGUAUAAGAAGAAGCCAAGCAUCGAGGUGACUGAAGAAGAGUUUGACAAGAUUAUCAACGUCAACAUCAAGAGCAUCUACCAAAGCGUAGCCGUAGUCAUGCCAUACUUCGUCGAACGAAAGCAAGGAGUGUUCCUCAACACGUCCUCGGUUGCUGGUACAAGAGUCAGGCCUGGACAGGUCUUCUAUGGAGGCACCAAAGGCUUCGUAAACACGAUCACUCAGGGCCUUGCAGCAGAGUACGGGCCGAUGGGCGUCAGGAUCAAUUCACUCUGCCCCCUCCGUGGCGCGACAGGACUGCUGGAGAUGUUUUCGGGGGUCCCAGACACGCCUGAGGAGCGAGCUCGUUUCGCUCAAAGCGUUCCGCUCAGGAGGAUGUCGGAACCUGCCGAUAUUGCUGCUGCUGCGGUAUUUUUGGCAAGCGAUGAGGCCUCGUUCAUAACCGGCGUCAAUCUGCCAAUCGAUGGAGGACGACUGGCUGUGUGAUGCUUUCAUAUAGGGGCUGUGAAACAGCUGGCUUAGAGACCAUCUCGAGAGGCGACACUUCGAAAGUGAUUAGUGACGUGACAGGGAACUGAGUCUAAUCCAAGGGUAGAUGAAAUGAAAACAAGAAUCAGGAUCAUGUCCAUGAUGGGAAUUAAACAAUGCACGUUUCAAAUCCCAUCAUCAUUGUUUUCUUGCGAUACGCGUCAACACGAAUGUGU